CAAACCAGGAUCAGCUCUAGACCUGGGAGGGGCUUUUAGUCUCUGAUCCCAUUCAGUCCAUCACCUCUCGGACUACCCUGUCCAAGGAGGGGAGCAGGGAGCACGCAUCUGUGGAGUGGAUCCCUGUUUUCUAGGAACUGCAGAGAGACCCAGCAACUCAGGAAAUAGUUUCUGGAUAAUAUAGUGAUGGGGGCAUGAUAGACAGAUAGGAUUAUUUGGACAUUAUCACUCUAACAGAGGAGGAUCAAAUGCAUCACAAAUUGGGAAAAAUUCUACAAAGACCAGCACACCAUCACACUGAGGAAGAAAAUGUCCAACCGAACCACCGUGACUGAGUUCCUUCUCCUGGGAUUCUCUGAUGUUCAGGGGCUUCAGAUUUUACACUUCAUGGUGUUUCUAGUGAUUUACCUGGCAGCCCUGAUGGGGAAUCUUCUCAUCUUCACAGUUGUUGUCUUCGACCACCAUCUUCACACCCCCAUGUACUUCUUCCUGAUGAAUUUGUCCAUCCUAGACAUCGGCUCCAUCUCUGUCACUGUCCCCAAAUCCAUGGCGAAUUCCCUCAUGAACACCAGAUCAAUUUCUUAUUCUGGAUGUGUUGCCCAAGUUUUUCUCUUUGUCUUUUUUGUUUCAGCAGAUCUUGCUUUUUUGACUGUCAUGGCGUACGAUCGAUACGUCGCCAUCUGCCAACCUCUGCACUAUGAGAGAGUGAUGAACAGGAGAGCUUGUGUCCAAAUGGCAGCUGGUGUCUGGAUCAGUGUUUUUCUCUACUCUGCACUCCACACUGGGAUCACAUUUGCAGUCUCCUUCUGUGGAGGCAAUAUGGUGGAUCAAUUCUUCUGUGAAAUCCCCCAGCUCCUCAAGCUCGCCUGUUCUGACACGUACCUCAGUGAAACUUGGGCUAUUGCCUUUAGUGUGUGUUUAGCUUCAAGUUGCUUUGUUUUAAUAAUUGUGUCAUAUGUUCACAUCUUUAGCAUGGUGCUGAGAAUCCCCGCUAAGCAGGGUCGGCAUAAAGCCCUAUCCACCUGCCUCCCUCACCUCACUGUGGUGUCCUUGUUCUUUUGCACUGCUAACUUUGCCUACAGUCAUCCCACCUCCAGCUCAACCUCAGGUCUGGAUCUUGUGGUGGCUGUUCUCUAUUCUGUGCUGCCAGCAGUGAUGAAUCCGAUCAUCUACAGCAUGAGGAACAAGGAAAUCAAAGCUGCAUUGAGGAAACUGAUAGCGUGGAGGUUAUUCACCAAAAAUAAACUGUCCAUUUUUUUCCCUUUGGUUGUGAUUUCAUUCUGUGUUUCUUUAUAAAUGUAAUCCUCUGAUGACAUUAUCGACUCCAUGAGAACAUAUUUUGUCAUUUGCUUAUGC